CGCCUCCCUCCGCCGCCGCCCCGGCCGGCUCCGCGCCCCCUCCCUGGCCCCCGCCCGCCCGCACGCACGCCCGCCAGCCAGCCGGUCGCCCCCAUGGCGCCCCGAGCCGCCAGUGCUCGGGGCCACUAGGACCCUCGGCGUCCCCUCCCCUCCCUCGCCCUGCCCCCUCUCCCGCGGCGCGGCGAGGACUCGGGCGUCCACAGCGCCCAGCUUUUGAGCUCUCGCGUCCCCGGCCGGCGGGGGGGGAGGGGAAGACAGGGGGUCCCCCCCCGGGAUCCCCGCCCCCCCCACCCGGCCGCCCCUGUCCCCAGGGGACCUGGAGAAGAUGUCUUCGCGGACGGCGCUGGCCCCGGGCAAUGAUCGGAACUCGGACACGCAUGGCACCUUGGGCAGUGGCCGAUCUUCAGACAAAGGGCCAUCCUGGUCCAGCCGCUCCCUGGGCGCCCGCUGCCGGAACUCCAUCGCCUCCUGCCCUGAGGAACAGCCACACGUGGGUAACUACCGCCUGCUGAGGACAAUCGGGAAGGGCAACUUUGCCAAGGUCAAGCUGGCACGCCACAUCCUCACUGGCCGGGAGGUUGCUAUCAAGAUCAUUGAUAAAACACAGCUAAAUCCCAGCAGCCUACAGAAGCUGUUCCGAGAAGUCCGAAUCAUGAAGGGCCUAAACCAUCCAAACAUCGUGAAGCUCUUCGAGGUGAUCGAGACUGAGAAGACACUGUACCUGGUGAUGGAAUAUGCAAGUGCCGGAGAAGUGUUUGACUACCUCGUGUCGCACGGCCGCAUGAAAGAGAAGGAAGCUCGAGCCAAGUUCCGACAGAUUGUAUCGGCUGUGCACUAUUGUCACCAGAAAAACAUUGUACACAGGGACCUGAAGGCUGAGAACCUCUUGCUGGACGCUGAGGCCAAUAUCAAGAUCGCAGACUUCGGCUUCAGCAAUGAGUUCACGCUGGGCUCCAAGCUGGACACGUUCUGCGGAAGUCCCCCGUACGCCGCCCCAGAGCUCUUCCAGGGCAAGAAGUACGACGGGCCAGAGGUGGACAUCUGGAGCCUUGGCGUCAUCCUGUACACCCUCGUCAGCGGCUCCCUGCCCUUUGAUGGGCACAACCUCAAGGAGCUGCGGGAGCGCGUGCUCAGAGGGAAGUACCGGGUCCCUUUCUACAUGUCCACAGACUGUGAGAGCAUCCUGCGCAGAUUCCUGGUGCUGAACCCUGCUAAACGCUGUACUCUUGAGCAAAUCAUGAAAGACAAAUGGAUCAAUAUCGGUUAUGAGGGUGAGGAGUUGAAGCCAUACACAGAGCCUGAGGAGGACUUUGGGGACACCAAGAGAAUCGAGGUGAUGGUGGGUAUGGGCUACACACGGGAAGAAAUCAAAGAGGCCUUGACCAGCCAGAAGUACAACGAAGUGACCGCCACCUACCUCCUGCUGGGCAGGAAGACUGAGGAGGGUGGGGACCGGGGCACCCCGGGGCUGGCCCUGGCACGGGUGCGGGCGCCCAGCGACACCACCAACGGAACGAGCUCCAGCAAAAGCAGCAGCCACAGCAAAGGGCAGCGGAGUUCCUCUUCCACCUACCACCGCCAGCGCAGGCACAGCGACUUCUGCGGCCCAUCUCCUGCCCCACUGCAUCCCAAGCGCAGCCCGACCAGCACGGGGGACACAGAGCUGAAGGAGGAGCGACUGCCAGGCCGAAAGGCGAGCUGCAGCGCAGCAGGCAGCGGGAGCCGCGGGUUGCCCCCUCCCAGUCCCAUGGUCAGCAGCGCCCACAACCCCAACAAGGCUGAGAUCCCUGAGCGGCGGAAGGACAGCACGAGUACCCCUAACAACCUCCCUCCCAGCAUGAUGACCCGCAGGAACACCUAUGUUUGCACAGAACGCCCGGGGGCUGAGCGUCCAUCCCUGUUGUCUAAUGGCAAAGAGAACAGCUCGGGCACCCCACGGGUGCCCCCUGCCUCUCCCUCCAGUCACAGCCUGGCUCCCCCAUCAGGGGAAAGGAGCCGCCUGGCACGGGGCUCCACCAUCCGCAGCACCUUCCAUGGUGGCCAGGUCCGGGACCGGCGGGCAGGGGGCGGAGGGGGCGGGGGUGUGCAGAACGGGCCCCCUGCCUCUCCCACGCUGGCCCAUGAGGCUGCACCCUUGCCCUCCGGGCGAUCGCGCCCCACCACCAACCUCUUCACCAAGCUGACCUCCAAACUGACCCGACGGGUUACCCUCGAUCCCUCUAAACGGCAGAACUCUAACCGCUGUGUCUCGGGCGCCUCUCUGCCCCAGGGAUCCAAGAUCAGGUCGCAGACGAACCUGAGAGAAUCGGGGGACCUGAGGUCACAAGUUGCCAUCUACCUUGGGAUCAAGCGGAAACCGCCCCCCGGCUGCUCCGAUUCCCCUGGAGUGUAAAGCUGACCAGCUCGCGCCCUCCCGAGGCCCUGAUGGCAGCUUUGCGCCAGGCCACGGCGGCCGCGCGCUGUCGCUGCCGCCAGCCGCAGCCGUUCCUGCUGGCCUGCCUGCACGGGGGUGCGGGCGGGCCCGAGCCCCUGUCCCACUUCGAAGUGGAGGUCUGCCAACUGCCCCGGCCAGGCCUGCGGGGCGUUCUCUUCCGCCGCGUGGCGGGCACCGCCCUGGCGUUCCGCACCCUGGUCACCCGCAUCUCCAACGACCUCGAGCUCUGAGCCACCAACGGCCCAGGUCCCUUCCUCUUCCUCUCCCUUGGUCUCUUCCCAGAAGGAAAGGGGACAGGGAGGGGAUCCCCUAUUUUGUCAUCGCCUCGGUUUCCCUGGAUUAGAUUGGGGGUCACAUUGUCCCCUCUGCUGUUCUCCAGGGCCACUUGGCAAGAGAGAGGGAUGAGGAGGCUUAGUGGGGGAGCUGGCACCCUCCUGGAGCCUCCAGCCAGUCCUGACCCCCAUCACCCUGCCGUGGGACACCUGACAAGACUUUGGGGGCAGGGCAGGGGCAGGAAGGGAAAUGAAACUUCAUUCCUCCCAACAGCUCAAGAGUGAGUCCUUGGGCAGGAACAGCUGCUGAGCCUAGAGACGAGCUGAGAGUGGGGGUCGAGAGGCAGAUUCUCUCCUCUCCCAGCCCUCAUGCUUGAACCCCUUUCCUGCCCCAGGCUGGCGCGGGGCACUUUGUACAAAUCCCUGUAAAUAGCCCCUCCCUCUGCAGAGGUCUCUCGGGGAGCUGCCGCUGUCACCUCGGUUUUUAAGUUAUUACCCCCACCCUCCUGUCAGCCCCUCACUUGCAGCCUGUUGCCCAAUAAAGUAGGAGAGCCCCCUCCCCACCCCCACCAACCUGGGGUUUUCCUUGCCUGCCCUCCCCACAGGUGAGCUGAGGAAGUGGGGGACCUUGGCCAGAACUUCUUGCUGAACCUGUUUUCUCAUCUGCAGAAUGGGAGGGGUGGGAUGGGAGGGGCAAGGAUGACCAUGGAAGAGGGCAGAAAAGAACUCAGCCCCCCACACACACUUGUCCACUCACUCCUGCCCGUCAUGUUACACUGGACUUGAAGCCUCUUCCUUCUCCAAUAGUACAUUUAUUCAAUAAACAGUCACUGAGCGGUGCCGACUCCAUGCCAGGCCCAGUGCUGGAUACCAAGACGGCAGUCCCUGUCUAUGGGGGACAAACACCAGAGAACCCAGAAAAGAACCCAAGCAGGAUUGGGAAAGAAGACCCAGGAACUGAUGUUGAAGCUGGGUUUUCAAGGAUGAGUAGGAGUUGCCCAGGCGUUGGGUAUGAUGCUAGCAAAAGCCUAGAAGGAACUGGAAGUGCAUGGCAUCACUUCAGAGAACCAAUUUCAGUGUGGCUACUAUGUUCGGUGUGUGUGCAGAAUAAGAAAAAUGCUGUAUUAGCCAGGUGUGGUGGCACACGUCUAUAAUCCCAGUUUGGGAGGAUGAGACGGGAUUGCGAGUUUAAGCCUGGGCUUCAUAGCCAGAUCCUUUCAAAGAACAACAAAAUGCUGUAUUGGGCCUAACAAUCCAUCGACACUGCUUAAAGCAAACAGUAUUUGCUGGCUUAUGUCACUUAAGACUUCUGGCAUGAAGCUGGAAGCCAGUGGCGAAGCAAUUUGGGAAGCUGAGAUUGGGAGGACAGCGGUUCAGAGCCAGCCCUGGGGGUAGUUUAUGAGGCCCCAUCUCCAAAUGACCAGAACAGAUGCUUGACAGGUGUGGCUUAAGCAGUAUCGUGUCUGCUUUGCAAGCAUGAAGCUCUGAGCUCAAAUAUCAGUCCCACAAAAAAAAUUUCAGGUAGCCUGGUGCUGGUGGCU